GUCUGAUGUUGUGGCGGGAAGACCAAACGCAACCAAACCCUCUCUGUAACUCAAAAAGCAAACCCUAGGAGAGAGAGGAAGAACAAAAUAUGCAUUGGGUUACAGCUAAAACACUCAUGACAUCGCUCCCUCGUUUACAACCAGUUUUGAUUCGAUCAAACGCUGUUGUUCCAAGAUUCAACUCAUUUACUUCUUAUUCUUCUCCUCUCCUACUCAAAGGGUCGGUUAAUUCAUCCGAAUCAGUGAGGAUUGUAAAUCCAAAUACAAAUGCUAAUACUAAUACGACAGUGAAGAAGAAAGUGAAAGAAACUAAAAGAUUUCUAGAAGAAAAACAUGAGUCUCAUAUUAUGUGGUGGAAACAGAAGUUGCAGGAAUGUAGAAAACAGACAACUAUUGAGUUGUUGAAGAGGCUAGACUACACAAAUUUACUUGGUGUGGAUGUGAAUCUGCGAAAUGCAAAAUUGAAAGAAGGAACACUUAACUGGGAGAUGUUGCAGUUUAAAUCAAGGUUCCCGCGAGAAGUUUUACUUUGUAGAGUUGGGGAAUUUUACGAGGCGAUUGGAAUUGACGCUUGUGUUCUAGUUGAACAUGCUGGGUUGAAUCCUUUUGGUGGUUUCCGUUCCGAUAGUAUCCCAAGAGCUGGCUGCCCUGUAAUGAACUUACGGCAGACUUUGGAUGACUUGACAAGCUGUGGGUAUUCAGUUUGUAUUGUCGAGGAAGUUCAAGGACCAACCCAAGCUCGCUCUCGUAAAAGUCGCUUUAUAUCUGGUCAUGCACAUCCAGGUAGCCCUUAUGUAUUUGGACUUGCUGGAGUUGAUCACAACGUUGACUUUCCUGAGCCAAUGCCUGUUGUUGGGGUAUCUCGUUCUGCAAAGGGUUAUUGCAUAGUUUCAGUUCUGGAGACCAUGAAGACAUUUUCGUUGGAAGAUGGGUUGACUGAAGAAGCCAUAGUUACCAAGCUUCAUACUUGUCGUCACCAUCACUUAUAUCUGCAUACGUCGUUAAGAGACAAUUCUUCAGGUAGGUCUAGUUGGGGAAAAUAUGGCGAAGGAGGGCUGUUGUGGGGUGAGUGUAGUGGCAAACACUUUGAAUGGUUUGACGGUAACCCUGUCGCUGAAAUUUUGUGCAAGGUAAGGGAAAUAUAUGGUCUUGAUCAUGAAGUGGAAUUUCGAAAUGUUACCGUAUCUUCUGGGAAAAGACCUCGUCCUUUACACCUUGGGACAGCUUCACAAAUUGGUGCAAUACCAAUGGAUGGGAUACCAAGUUUGUUAAAGGUGUUGCUUCCAUCAAGUUGUGGUGGCCUUCCCAUUCAGUAUCUUAGGGAUCUACUUCUCAACCCUCCACCAUAUGCUAUUGCAUCAUCAAUUCAAGAGGCAUGCAAGCUUAUGAGCACUGUCGCAUGUUCAAUUCCUGAGUUUACGUGUGAAUCUCCUGCAAAGCUUGUGAAACUGCUCGAAUCGAGGGAAGCUAAUCAUAUAGAGUUCUGCAAGAUCAAGAAUUUAGUGGAUGAUAUUUUACAGAUGCACAGAAACCCCGACCUUGAUAUUAUCCUCAGAUUGUUACUGGAUCCGACCUGGGUUGCAACUGGUCUGAAAAUCGAACAUGAGACCAUGGUGAGCGAGUGCAAGUGGGUUGCUAAGAUAAUUGCCCGAGUAAUCUCUUUGGAUGGUGAAAGUGAUCAAAGAAUAAGCUCUUCUGCUGUCAUUCCGAGCGAUUUUUUUGAGGCUAUGGAGUCCUCGUGGAAAGGUCGUGUGAAGAGGAUCCAUGCAGAAGAAGUUUUUGCUGAAGUGGAGACGGCAGCUGACGCCUUAUCUCAAGCUGUAACAGAAGAUUUCCUUCCGAUAAUAUCGAGAAUAAAAGCCACAUCUGCUCCACUUGGUGGUCCAAAAGGUGAAAUAGUGUAUGCUAGAGAACAUGAUGCAGUUUGGUUCAAGGGUAAGCGUUUUACACCUUCUGUAUGGGGUGGUACCCCUGGGGAAGAACAAAUCAAGCAGCUUAGACCUGCUAUAGAUUCAAAAGGGAAAAAGGUUGGGGAGGAGUGGUUUACCACCAAAAAAGUCGAGGAUGCGCUAAAUAGGUACCAUGAGGCAGGUUCCAAGGCGAAGGUUAGGGUCUUGGAGUUACUGAGGGAUCUUUCUGUGGAGUUGCAAACUAAAAUUAAUGUUCUUGUUUUCACUUCCAUGAUGCUUGUCAUCUCAAAGGCACUUUUCUCUCAUGUGAGUGAAGGUAGAAGAAGGAAGUGGGUUUUUCCAUCCUUAGUCGAGUUCCUUGAAACAAAGGAUAAAAGCUCGGGAAAUGGAUCCAAUAAGAUGAAAAUAUCAGGCCUAUCACCUUACUGGUUUGAUGCUGUACAAGGCUGUGCAACACGUAAUACCGUGGAAAUGGAAUCCAUGUUUCUUCUCACUGGGCCAAAUGGCGGCGGCAAAUCAAGUUUGCUACGUUCAAUUUGCACAGUGGCGUUGCUCGGGAUAUGUGGAUUGAUGGUGCCUGCUGAGUUCGCCUUGAUUCCACAUUUUGAUUCUAUAAUGCUUCACAUGAAAUCAUAUGAUAGUCCUGCAGAUGGGAAAAGUUCAUUUCAGAUUGAAAUGUCUGAGAUUCGUUCUAUAAUCACCGGAGCCACAUCAAGAAGUCUCGUUCUCGUAGAUGAAAUUUGUAGGGGAACUGAAAUGGCAAAAGGGACCUGUAUUGCAGGAAGCAUUAUUGAGACCCUUGAUGACAUCGGUUGCUUGGGUAUCGUCUCUACCCACUUGCACAGUAUUUUCAAUUUACCGUUGAAAACAAAUAAUACUGUAUUCAAGGCAAUGGGUACUGAGAUAGUCGAUGGACAUCCAAAACCGACAUGGAAAUUAAUAGACGGGAUUUGUAGAGAAAGCCUUGCUUUUGAAACAGCCCAAAAAGAAGGGAUUCCCGAAGCAAUGAUCCAGAGAGCUGGAGAGUUAUACCUCUCGCUCAAUGGAAAGGAUUUGAGUGUACAGAGAUACUCCACGAAGGUACAACAUCAGAAUUUUAAUUCUGAAAAAGAGUGGAUCAAUGAAGCUGAAGAUCGAUCAUGUACUCUUAAAUCCUUGAACUGCAAGAGUGAGACUCUGAAUCCUACAGAAACCUUACAGAAAGAAGUUGCAACUGCUGUUGCCAUAAUUUGUCGGCAGAAGUUGAUUGAGCUCUGCAAGGAUAGGAAUCUAUCAGAACCUGCAGAACUGAUGUGUACUACCAUCGCCACCAGAGAACAGCCACCUCCAUCAGUGAUAGGUUCUUCCUGUGUUUAUGUCCUGUUCAGACCCGAUGGCAAGUUAUAUGUUGGAGAGACGGAUGAUCUUGGAGGCCGAGUUCGUGCUCAUCGUUCAAAGGGAGGUAUGCAGAAUGUAUCAUUCAUCUACAUUGAAGUUCCUGGAAAGAGCUUUGCUACAUUACUUGAAACUAAUCUGAUCCACCAGCUCCCUAACUAUGGCUUUCGCCUUUCAAACGUAGCUGAUGGUAAGCAUCGCAACUUCGGCACAUCUAAUAAUAUCCUAGAAAAUUUAACCUUGCGUCGCUAAAUUAGUGUCAUCGGCGCCCUAACCAAAGUUCUGAAUGAUCUUUGAAAAGAACAACAUUCUCAAGGUUUCCAAGUUCUGUUGUUGGUAACAUCAAAUGCCAUUGAUUUGACUCGAGUUGCUCCAAUUUUGGGUUCAGUGUGGUGGUUGCUCUCUUUUUUGUAAAUCAAAGGGGUAAAAAAUGUAGUUUAUGUAAAUAGCAUUCGGUGGAGACCUUGUAGCAUUUUCUUUUUGAAAAUUUACGAUUAUAUAUAUUGGAAAUGCACCUUUGUUGCAUGAGUUGUUCUUAGAGCAACGAUCAUUUACUUAAUGAAUUAGUAUAUUUGCUGAAAAAACCAUCGAAGCCAGAUGAGCUGAGAAAUGUGUAAUGAAGAGGAAAUCAGUGUUAUUGAAUGUGUGGGAAUUGUUCUACAUUUCAUUUUAGGCGACAGAAGCAAAUUUGAUUUGAUAAUAGCACCUGUUGAUCAUAUCCGAAUAUUUCAAUUUAAAUACUCAAUUAAAAAAAAA